UUACCAGUCAUUAGCUUAGCUUUUUAACCAGCUUCCCGCCAAAAACCACCAACAAAAUGUUCAAAGUUCUGUUCGUGCUAGCCGCCUUCGCCGCCGCCCAGGCUUACGCCUAUCCCGGAGUGGUAGCCGUGGCCCCCGUGGUGGCGCACCCCGCCGUGGUGCACACUCCCAUCAUCCAUCAUGGCGCCCACUCGGUGCACUCCCACGUUGUGCAUCAUCCGGCAGCCGUCAAGGUCGUCACCCCUAUUGUCCACCGUCCCGUGGUGGCAGUGCAUGCCGUCAAGCCGAUUGUGCCUUUGGUUCCAGUGCAUCAUGCUGCCCCAGCUGUGGUUGUGCAUCAUUAACCGGACUAGCCGCCGCACUGCUUUUCCCAACCCCAGUCCCCAUCCCGAUCCCUAUCCAAUCCAAUUCCCAGUACC